AUGGAGCGCUUCAGAAACCUGCUUGGAGGCGGCGGCAUUGGCAUGGGCGGCCCUGCUCACGGAUCGGACAACACGAACCUCAUUGACAACUCCGAAACCGUUUACAUCUCAUCACUGGCACUUCUCAAGAUGCUUCGACACGGUCGCGCUGGUGUGCCGAUGGAAGUCAUGGGCCUGAUGCUGGGAGAGUUUGUCGACGAUUUCACAGUCAAGGUUAUGGACGUUUUCGCAAUGCCGCAGUCUGGAACUGGAGUCAGUGUCGAGGCUGUUGAUCCCGUAUUUCAAACAAAGAUGAUGGAUAUGCUACGACAAACAGGACGCCCCGAGUCCGUCGUCGGCUGGUACCACUCGCACCCUGGUUUCGGUUGCUGGUUGUCUUCCGUGGAUAUCAAUACUCAACAGUCAUUCGAGCAGCUUAACCCGCGCGCCGUGGCCGUAGUGGUUGACCCCAUCCAGUCCGUCAAGGGCAAAGUCGUCAUCGACGCUUUCCGACUGAUCAACCCUCAACUUCUGAUGAUGGGACAGGAGCCACGCCAAAGCACGAGCAACCUUGGCCAUCUCAACAAGCCUUCGAUCCAAGCACUUAUUCAUGGCCUCAACCGCCACUACUAUUCGAUCGGCAUAAACUACCGCAAGACGGCACUGGAAGAGAAUAUGCUGAUGAAUCUGCACAAGCAUGUCUGGACAGAGGCCCUGGAGAUGGCCGACUUCAAGGUGGAAGGGGAGAAGAACAAGGAUCGUCUAGAACGCCUUGUGUCGCUUGCUGAUGGCUACGAAAAACGGGUCAAGGAGGAAACGGAAUUGACAAAGGAGCAGCUUAAGACACGCUAUGUUGGCAAGGUCGACCCAAAGAAGCAUCUGGAAGAUGUUGGUCAAGAGCUCAUUGAAGACAACAUUGUUUCAGUAUCGAGACAGAUGAUUGACAAGGAGGCCACGAUGCCAAAGAAGGAGGGUGAGGGUGGUCGGUGCGCUGCAGAGGCCAACAAAAUGGCGACUGACGAGGAAGAAGAAGAGUUAUAA